AGCACAAAACUUCUCUUUUACCACUUAAAUCAACGCAUUCAUGUCUGGAUGUAGUGAAUGUUCCAGCAGAAUAUUACGAAUAAUACGUUUAUUUUACUGACGGAGAAGUGGCGCUAGUUUGGGAUGAGUUAGCUUAAAUUAGAUGGUUUUUCCUGGUUCAGUGUCUCAGUAGCUGCACAAACAGAUGCGUCGCUGCUGCUUUGUGCUGGUUUUGAAUUAAUAUUGGACCAAUAGCCAAGUUAUGGAUCGAUUAAACAUCUGCUGCUUCCAGCCGUUAAACUGUCAUCAGCCUUUUUGCUGCUUCUCUCUGUUCUGAUUAUUUUAUUAUUUUAUGAGAACGUUUGCAGUGGACCAGGAACUCUCCGGAGACAGUUGUCCCUUCAGAUGGAGGACGGAGCCGGAAGUCUCCGCGGUUCCUCUGGACCACAGGACAACUCCAAGGGAACAGAGGAUGUUGCAACCAAAAGACCACGGAAUAAAGAUAAUGAGGACGGUGCAGGAAACCGCAGCAAGAAAGACAAAGAGAAAGAGAAGAGAAGAAGGAGGAACCAAAGGAGGAAAAGGGACAUUUCAAAAGCAAAACAAAAUGUCCAAAGAGAAGACACAGGAAAAGACAAGAUGGAGGUUGGGGAGACUUCAAGCAGCCAGACUCAGGCCGACGUGCCUCAGCAGAAAGAAGAAGAGCGAGCUGCACCACACCAACGAGUUUCCAAGAUGGUAGCGGUUCAUACUCAAACGAAGAAACACCAAGGCAUCAACAAAUCCACACAGACUGGAAUCAGUCAGAGGGACCAGGAAACUCAGACGGACGCCCAGGAGCCAAAGCAAGACGACACCAACAAAGAGAAGACAGAGCCGAAACAAGACGACGCCAGCAAAGAGAAGACAGAGCUGAAACAAGACGACGCCAGCAAAGAGAAGACAGCGCCAAAACAAGACGACACCAACAAAGAGAAGACAGCGCCAAAACAAGACAAACAGACGUCGGAACCAAGCGACGACAACGCUGUUCAGACGCUGUCAGAGAAAAAAGACGAGGCAGCAGCAGAACCAGCCAACGACCAGAAACCUGAGAGCGAGUCGAAGCCUGAGGAGGAGAAACCUGCUGCCGGAGCCUCUGGUGAUGAUGCUGCAGCAUCUCAGUCACAAACAGCCUCCAAACCUUCGACCUACGCCAAAGCUGUGUCAGGAAAAAAAGCCUCAGACAAAACGCCAGCAAGCACACGUGAUCGAAGCCCAGUGAGAGCUCCACCUGGUGCUCCCAUGUUCACCUUUUACAUCUACGCUGUGCUGGACAAGAAGUUCAGAUUCAACAACGAAACUGACACACUUGUGCUGUAUCAUGAUCAAAGAUGUGUCCCCCUUGAAAUGACAUAUUUUCUUGGUCAAAAAAAGGAAGGCUAUAUCAUAGAAGCAAGACUUUCUGUUCUGGAAAGCACCAUACAGAGAGGAACAUGGUUCAAAUAUAGGUAUGGUGUAAAGCAAAGACACAAAGAACUUACAGAAACUGCUACAAGACAUGUUCUAACCCCUUCACAAGCCAACAUUAAAGAGCUGCAUCUUUACGAAGGCUUCAUUUGUCGUUAUGACCCACCAAGUUUGGUCCGAGCUGGCCUUCAAAUGGUGGGCCUGACGAGAUCGAAAGGUGUGGAGAUUUCAGACACCUGGCAGACUUCAGCUACAACUCUGCUGGACAGAAUCUUCCAGAAAUGGACUCCAUCAGAUAAACGCAGCACUGAGGAACUCUGUCGCGACUUGAAUUAUUUCUAUUGGAGCCUCGGUUCUGCUCAUACAAGGAUUAACUACCCAGAUAAUUCACAGCCUCCCAUGGUCAAGACAGGAGACUUGAUCUCAGAGCAUCUGGUGCAGAUUUUAAAAGGAGAGCCCAAGGAGAAAAUCCCAGAGAGCUGCAGGAGCGCGAAUCCUCUCAUUCUGGGCCUUUCUAUUUUCAUGGUUACAAGAAAAUGUGAAAUCAACCUGGGAGUUAGAGGCUUGGCUCAGCUGUGUCACCUAGUGUCCUCAGAGACUGCGAUGGACAAGAAAAAACUGGAGGAGUUGUGUUCUUCUCUGGAAAAUGCACAAUAUACCGUGUUGGGUUUGAUGAACCACUGCGCCAAAGUGUCUGAGCUCGUCCUCCUCGUUCCUCUGCUCUUCAGACUCAGACAACCAGGAGCUAACGCACAAAAAGUGGGUCCAGCUGUUGAGGAAGAGGACUGGUCAGGACUUAAUGACUUCAAUUUCACCAGAUUCAGAGAAACUAUACGGCUCUACCCUGACAAAAGACAGAGGAUGCUCAGCUUGAUCAAGACCCACUCAUCAAAGGCUAAAGAGAGUCCUCUGCUCCUGAUAAGCUGGUUAGCUCUGGUCGCAUUUGAGGAUCUCCCUGAAUUUUCAGAAGUGACAGGAAUACACUCAGAACACCUGAUCCAGAGUCUGAUGUACAGACUGCGAAGAUGUAGAGAGAUAAAGGACUUCAGUAGAUGGGAGGAGAACACAAAGCUUGCUCAACAAGCCUUAACCCACAUACUGCAGAAGGUGGACAAAGAGAAGGACAGAAUGACUCAGUUUGCAGACAUCAAGCUGGUGUUCCUCAGCAGCAUCAAUGUGGUGAAGAGUUCCUGCGAUAUUGUGCGUCUUGUCCCAGGGUACCCGGCCGUAGUCCUGUCCUACCAGCUGCUGUUGAAGUUGGCAGAGAUCAUGGAAUCCAACCUAAGAAAAGAGUCCAAAGAAGAUGAGUUCGAAAACUUAAAGCAGAAGUUGUUUGAGGAACUGUUUAACGUGCAACAGCAAAUCCACAAGUUCAGAGAUGAACUGCUGGAGAAACCUUUUGUGAUACCUUCAAAGCUACUCACCUACCCAAAGGAAAUAGAGAUGUGGGAUGCGCUGCUGAAGGUGGAUUGCUCUUUUGAGGACGUUUCCUCCCGCUGGACGGAAAGCCUGAAAAAAGACCUGAAGAAGAGAAUUUCAAAGACAAGCGAUGAGGACAAAGUUUUCCUCUACUGUCGUGAGUCGUCGUCCCUGGCAGCUAUAACGAAAAGCGCCGAGGUUGUACGGACAUGUUUCGACGAGAUGUGUCACUCAGCGAUCAAGACAAUCUGCCAGGCAGAGAAGGAGGGAGACCUGAUGCAACGUCUCAGCUCUAACAGGAAAGAUCUUCAUGUUGCCAUCUUGUCUGCCAUCGUGGUCGAGUCAGCAGCGCGAUUCAAAGACAACAUGGUGGCACAGCUUCUCAAUCCACAGUCGGCUGUGAACCACUUACUGUCUCACGGUGAAUGGAAGUCGAUCCAGGUGGAUGACGUUGCGGGGCAGGUGGUCCACAGCUCUGUGGAGGGGGUACGGUCUCUGGUGGAGUCUUUGCUUCGAGGAGACAUCCCGCUGGGUCACCUCCAGACCUGCCUGGAAUACAGAGAGCAGUUUAAGAAGCUCUACCAGCAGUACAAGAAAAACACCAAAUCUGAGACGGCGCCUGUCUCUGCAGGCGACGUUUUGGCUCGGAGAGAGGGGGAUUUGAAAGCGUUCAUGGAGAAGAAAGAUCAGAUAGAUGCACUGAUAAAGAUGGUAGCAAAGGUUACAGAAAGCAUCACAGUUCCUGAUAUAGUGAAUCUGAAGGAGCACCAUGAUGCCGAUCUCCAGUCUGUAAGUCUGAACCAACUGGUGAAGACUCAGUCCUUUGACGGUGAGGGGAAGACGAAGAUGUCGGGUCCUCCUGUGGUCCUCUGGUACAAAAUCAGCAUGAAUAACUUAACAAUGGCCCGGGAGAUGCACAGACUGCAGCACAGCAACCUCAUUCUGUCCUCCUGGGCGAAGGGAGCGGCAUCCUUGGCACAAGGGCAUACCUCCCCGGCGCCGGUCCAUGUGGACCUAAUUCAAAUCUACAACCGCAUCUGGAGCCCCCUGGUGGCGGAGUUCCGUGAGCUCGGCGUCAGCAUCGCAGAAGCAACCAUCACAUUCAUGCAGCUCGAUCAGGUUUUGAAGGAGUCUGACGACCGCGGGGACGGGAAGCUGAUGAGGAAGGAGCUGGAACUGAUGUCUGAGACGUUUUCUGAGGCAGGAGGGUUCAGGGCCGAGAGGAACUGGGUGAAACGGAGACUCGAUCAGAUCCAGAAGUAUCGGAAGCUGCAUGAGGCGGCGGCUGCAGCCAGCGCCGUGCUGAAGAUUGCUGAGAAAAUGAAGCUCUCUGGAAACUUCUCUCAAAUUGAAACCCUCAGCCAACUGGAGGAAGACAGCUUUAAGCAGCGUGCCCUGGAGACUCUCAGCGAUGACCUGUUUCGUGCCGGGCGGCAGCUCUCCAAGGUCACCAAGCAGAACACGGCCUGUCUGGAGCAGUUCCUAGAGAGCCAGACCCUCAUCCGCUGGGUCAAAGAAAACCUCAAGAAUAUGAGCGAUGUGAAGGUUUACGUGGACCUGGCCUCCAUAUCCGCUGGAGAGAAUGACAAGGAGAUCGACCAGGUGGCCUGCUUCCACGACGCAGUGAUGGGCUACGCUCCCCUGUUCUACUCCCUCACACCUCACGCCGGCUUUGACGAGUUCAUGAGAUCUGCUCAGCAGGUGUGGGAGACCCAGAGUAGAGAUGAGAAGCUCCCCGACAAACUGAGAGAGUCUACCCGACUGCUGAACUGGCUGAUGGCGCUGAAGGAGACUCACGGCUCUGUGGAGCAGUCCUCCCUCUCCUUGGCUUCAUCUAUUAAUGCUGAUGGAGUUUAUCUCGUAGGAUGGUCUGAUGAAAACACAGAGAAGAGAUGUCUGCAAAACAUGGUGCAAGUCAUAGUGAAGAAAGACCGAGUGGACAAGAGCUACAAGCUCGAGGAGCUACUGGAGCUGCAAAACAAACUCAUGCUGAUGUCGUCCAAGGGGGAGCACGGCCGGGAACAAGUCAACAGGUUCACAGAGGUUUUUGAGGGAGUUCAGAGAUUGGGGACCAUCCUUGUUCAGAUGCAAACAUCCGGCAACAUGCUCUUCAGGGACUGGCGUGCUGAGAUCCAGUGUCGCCCUCAACAGCAACCGUGCAUCACAGUCACCUUCCAAUCCCUGAACGCCAAACAGAUCUCGUACUACGGCGAGGUGACCGAGCAGCUGGAAAACCUGGCCCACUCCAUGGACAGCUGCCAGAAAGAAUGGUGCUCCUUCGUCAGCGAGAUGCGCUCCAAGUUCAGCUUGCUCAACCACUACACCUCGGAGCAGAUGGUCUACCUGUGUCACUGGGUAAAGAAGGUGUGUCAACGGCAUGUGACGGUUCCUCAACAGCUGUGGCACCUACUUUUUCCCAUCAAGCCUCAGUGCACGCUAACUGAUGUCAGAGCCGCUUACACUAAUGCAGAAAGUAUGGAGUAUGAAGAUGAGUAUUACGACCCACAUACGGACUCCGAAGAGGACAUUGAAGAGGACAUCGAAGAGGCUCGUGAUUUGAUGGAGUUUUCCUCAGACGAUGACGACGUCAUGAAAUGCGAUCACCCUGGCGACAGCGAGCUUGAGAACCUCUGGAAGCGAUUCAAGAGAGACAUGCCGCAGUACCUCAGUGAAUCCCUGGACAUCUUAACUCUAGCCCACUUCCUCUCAUGUCUCUCUGAAAUGAACCAGCAACACAUGAUCAGAAACCUCCCACCGGCUCUGCAGGAAGGAAAGCCCAAUCUUGUCCUUUGUCCUGCUGCAGAGGUUUACACCACCACCCUGUCAUUUUACAUGCACAGUCCAGAGCAGCCUCUGCCGUCUGCUGACGAGGUUCUAGUCUGCAGAGAGGAAACCACAGAAGAGGAGGUGGAGAUCUUCCUGCGCAGAGCUCUUGGUCAAGACACCGCACAAGCCUGUUUGAAGAUAUACUGUCUGGUCAACCCAGGGCUUCUGGGAUAUGAUGUCAGUGUGGCUUUAGGGGAUCGUUUUGAUGCUCUCGAGAGGAGUACCGGUCCUUGUUAUCGGUUAGUAGUGGUCAGUCCAGUUGUGCACCAGCACAGGUAUGUGCCCUCUUUCUUCAGCAGUCACAAAGUACAGGCUGGAGUGAGUCUAACAGCAGAUACUGCCCGGAAAUACCUACAACACCACUUCACACGAAACACCCCCCAGCCAGAUCCCGUCUCGCUAGUUUCUCCUGCUCGGCUCUCAGUGUGGAUAGUGUCAUCUGAACGGCCUGCAGUUGGAAAAUCACUUUAUGUGGACCGUUUGUUUGAGAAGUUCCAGCAGACGUCUCCCAGAGCAAAACACAUCCGGAUCAGACUGAUAGAACCAUGUGUUGACACGGACUCAUUGAUCAAGAGUCUGUCAGAAAGACUGGCUCCCUUAAGAGAACAGGACCCAGUCCUACUGCACAUAGACCCUGCAGGGGUAUUUUCAGGUCUUGAGGAGCUCCUCUUCCAUUUGUUAGUCCUGGGCUGUUUGAGUGACAGCCAUGGUGUGCUGUGGAGAAGGAAUGAAGCUCACCUGAUCACUGUCGAGGUCCUGAAGACACAAACAUUCCCUCAAACUCAGACGAAGGAGAUGAGGCUUGGACUUCUUGACAUUCUGCCCACUAUUCACUGUAGACCUCCGAGAGAGGUGAGUCAGAUUUUGGCUGGACGAAGACCAUCAACAAAAACGACCUUUGAUCCACUCAUGGACGUGCAGGAGUUUCGCAGUGAGGGAAUUCAAAGACCCUACCAGUACUUGAGACUCUACAGCUUGAAUCAGAACCUGGAUCCUUUUAAAUACCAGGAAGGAUCUGUAGAUGGCGAUUACAUCGAUUGUCUCAACCACUUCCUGAGACACUGUGGAAUGAAAGACCCAUCCUGGGGAGAGCUCAAGAACUUCUCCUGGUUCCUGAACAUGCAGCUGAAGGACUGUGAGAACUCUGUUUUCUGUGAUCGAGAAUUUCUUGCUGACCAGCUCCUGGGAUUCAAAGGCUUCAUUGUGAAGUUCAUGAUUCUGAUGGCAAGAGAUUUUGCCUCACCUUCUCUGAACACAUCUGAUGAAAGUCCCAUGCUGCGCAUUGAAAACAAUCAGGAGGAUGACCUUCUUGCCCGUCUGACGAUUCGUAAGCACUGGGAAAAUGAGUCACAUCCCUACAUUUUCUUUAACGCAGACCAUUUCUCGAUGUCUUUCCUCGGAUUCAGUGUGAUAAUUUCAAGACAAAACACACUCGAUGCAGUUGAUCCUCACAGUCAAAAGGUCCUGAUACCACAGGUUAUGACACAUGAACUUUUUGAAGGGUUGCAACGGCAAAGGAUUUCCCUCACUGAAAACUUUGAUGAGUUGCCCCGACCAGACAAAAUCAAAAGGAUUUCAUGUGUUGUUGGUGCAAACAAAGGAAUCAUAGACAGAACAUUUGAUCCAGACCCAACAUACGAGCUCACUGCUGACAAUGUGAUGAAGAUGCUAGCCAUACAAAUGCGAUUUCGAUGUGGAAUUCCAGUUGUCAUCAUGGGGGAGACUGGCUGUGGGAAAACCAGAUUAGUCCGUUUCCUGUGUACGCUGCAGCGUGAAGGGAAACAACUAGAGAACAUGGUGCUGGUCAAGGUACAUGGAGGAACUACUGCAGACAUGAUCUAUAGAAAGGUGAGAGAGGCUGAGAUGCUUGCUCGUGAGAACCGUAGAUUGCACAACCUUGACACCAUUUUGUUCUUUGAUGAAGCCAACACCACAGAGGCUAUUUUUGCCAUCAAGGAAAUCUUGUGUGAUCGAACGAUGAAAGGGGAACCUCUCAACACCAACAGUGGUUUGAAAAUAAUAGCUGCCUGCAAUCCUUACAGGAAGCACUCGCCUGAAAUGGUGGAACGUUUGGAACGGGCAGGAUUGGGAUACAGAGUGAAGGCAGAUGAAACCCAAGACCGACUUGGCAAAGUCCCUCUGAGGCAGCUGGUGUACAGGGUCCACCCUCUGCCUCCAAGCAUGGCGUCUUUGGUGUGGGACUUUGGUCAACUGAGUGAUGCAACCGAGCUUUCCUACAUCAAACAGAUUGUCCAGAAGAAAGUCAAAGACCAUUCGUUGCCAGUGGACUGCACAAACACCAUUUCAAACGUUCUGGCAGCCUCCCAGAAAUAUAUGCGAAGUCGGAAAAAUGAGUGCAGUUUUGUGAGUCUCAGAGACGUGGAGAGGUCAAUGAAAGUGCUAAUUUGGUUUUACAAGCAUAGCACGUUGCUUUUCAGGAACAACGCUCGUCUCAGUGACAGUUAUAAAACGCUGAAGUGCCUGAUUCUGGCCAUUGGAGUGUGUUACUACCCAUCUCUGGUGGACAAAGAGGAGUACCUCGAGGAAAUCUGUGAGUACUUUCCAAUACCUCUCUGCUAUUCGGCUGUAUUGCAGAAAGAGAUUUCAUCCUGUCAAGACUUCUUCCUUGAGAACAUAAAUACAAGAGAGACCAUUGCCAAAAAUGUUGCUCUCAAAGAGAACGUGUUUCUCAUGGUUGUUUGCAUAGAGCUCAGGAUCCCACUCUUCCUGGUUGGCAAACCAGGCAGCUCUAAGUCGCUUGCUAAAACCGUGGUUGCUGAUGCCAUGCAGGGCAAGAACUCCCACUAUGACCUGUUCAAGAACCUCAAGCAAGUCCAUAUGGUCUCCUUCCAGUGCAGUCCUCACUCAAGUCCAGAGGGCAUCAUCGGGACGUUCAGGAACUGUGCCCGUUUCCAAAAGGACAAAAACAUGGAUGAGUAUGUGUCAGUGGUGGUGCUCGAUGAGAUAGGACUCGCCGAAGAUUCUCCUCAGAUGCCACUAAAAACUCUUCACCCACUUUUGGAGGAUGGGUGCAUUGACGACAAGCCAGAUCCACACAUGAAGGUUGGCUUUGUUGGGAUCUCCAACUGGGCUCUGGACCCAGCAAAGAUGAACAGAGGGAUAUUUGUGUCCAGAUGGGAUCCAAGUGAGAAUGAGCUGGUGGAAACCGCUAAGGGAAUUUGUUCAUCCUCCAACCCAAUUCAACUGAAAAUCAACCACCUUUUCCCAUCUUUGGCGAAGGCCUUCUUGAACAUCUGCAAAGAGACCUCAAAGAAUCAGUUCUUUGGUUUGAGGGAUUUUUACAGCCUUGUGAAAAUGCUCUUUGCUGAUGUGAAAUCCACUGAACAAGAGCCUAAUGGUGAACAGCUGGCAGAGGCUAUCUUGCGCAACUUCAGUGGACAGCCUGAGGGGUUUGACCCUGUCAUAUUCUUCCAAGAGGUUCUUAAAGACCUUACACAGAUUCCCAGACCAAGCACCUUGCAAAUGGUGAAAAAUAAUCUUGAUCAUAGCACCAGCGAGGAGUGCCGUUACCUCCUUCUGCUGACAACCAACAAUGCAGCUCUUCAUAUCCUGCAACAACAAGUUUUUGCCAAAGGAGACUAUUCACUGCCUGAAAUCAUUUUUGGGUCAGGAUUCCCGAAGGACCAGGAAUACGCCCAAAUCUGCCGUAAUGUGAACCGAGUGAAAACAUGCAUGGAGACGGGACGUACUGUCAUCCUCCUCAACAUGCAAAAUCUUUAUGAAAGCCUGUAUGAUGCCCUGAACCAGUACUAUGUCUACCUCAGUGGGCAGCAGUACGUUGAUCUGGGUCUCGGCUCCCACAGAGUCAAAUGUCGUGUUAAUCCAAGCUUCAGACUGGUGGUUAUAGAGGACCAGAAGAAAGUCUACGAGCACUUUCCUGUUCCCCUCAUCAACAGGCUGGAAAAACACAGGGUGGAUAGGAGCACUGAUCUGGAAACAUGGCAACGCAGCGUUCUCCGCAAACUGAAGGAGUGGGUGAAGGAAUUCACUGGCGAAGCCACGGAAGGGUUCAAGCUGUCUGACAUUUUCAUUGGCUUCCAUGAUGACGCCUGUGCCAGUGCUUUAUUGCAAGCAUUAGAAAGGAGAGCUCAAAGGCUUGAAGACAGUCCAGUAGGACUUCAGGAUCAAUCAGACAAAACGCUCAAUGCAACAACAGAAAAAGAAGUGACUGAGAUGGAGGAUGAGCCGCUGGAAGAAGUGAUGGACGUAGAUGUUCCUGAAAAAGAGCAGGAAACUGAGGCAGUGGUAGGGAAUGACGAUGAAUCCACUGAGAUGCGUGAUGACAACACACCAAUGGCAGAAAGGGAAGAGAGGAUGGAGACAGAAAACGAAGUUGGUACUGCUACAGAAAACGAGGAAGAAGAAGUCUUGGCUCUAGCCAAAUGUCUCUUGUUGAACUGCGCCACACCUGAUGCCGUGGUGAGGCUCAAGUAUUCGGAUUUAGCAAAACAAGAGAAGGAUAAACUCCAGAAGCUGUACUUCCAGCAACAGCAUCACCACUCACUCCGAGACUUCCUGAAAGAUUGCCUAAAUAAGCAUGAGGAGUCCUGCAAGUUUCUAGAGAUUACUACAUUCUCGAGCUUGUUAACCAGAUCCGAUGUCAGGGUUGUUGCCCACGCUCUGGGACAGCAUACGGACCGGAUCCUCCUGCUGUCACUGCACCAGUUUGACACUGAAGUCUCCUUCUGCAAUAAAAUACGAGGCUUCCUUCAAGAUGCCGGCAACUCCCUUCGCAUCCUCUUAAUCCAGAUGGAUCUCGAGGAAUCCCACUGCAGCGAUGAGCUCAUAGCAUCAGCAAAAUAUUGCACAAUGAAUUAUUUGACAUCACUGGAGGACCAGACCUGCUGGGUGAUUUUCAUUGUGAAGGUUUCUAGGAUCUCGAGUCACUCCCAGUACAUCGGCUUCCAGGGAGGAGUCUGGAACUCAGUGCAUAUUGAUGAUCUGAGGGAUUCAGAGGACAUGAGCCUGAACCUGUUGGUUUUCUGUGGAACUCUCAUUAGCAGCCUGCUCAUCCCGGCACAAUCAGAAAACCACGAAGACGGAAAAACAGUCACAAGAAAAGACUCCGACAUUGACAGAAAUGCAGAGAGAGCCCACCUCCACAGUCUGUCCUUAGUGACGUCUUGCAUCCAGAAAGCGGUGGGUUUGCUCAGAGACCCCAUCAAUGUUAAAUCAAGAAGCAUGCAGAGGAUGACCGUCCUUCUGUCUCUUCUGGGGAAUUCUCAAAAGAACACAGCUCACUUUCAGAGGGUGUUGCUGGGUCGACUGGCCGAGGCUUUGGCGCAGAGAGAAGAGAUGUGCGCUAAUCCUAAAGACUGGGUGAGCUUAGAGGCCAAGAAACACCAGGCUCUGCAAGAAGGAGGGACUCUGAGACACACCCUGUGGCGCUGCCUGCAGUCCACCGUGACGCCCGUCUUGGCCAACAUGCUGGAGGUCAUGGACAGAUACGCCAAUCUGGACAUGCUGUCCGAUGACAGGCUGAGCCAGGGACUGACACAGCUGUGGCUGGACAUCCUGGAAGACUCGAAGGUCUUAGACCUAACGCCUCCUCAGACGCCAAGUGGUUCAGACCAGGAGGUGCUCGUUCAGCAUCACUUCUCGUUGGACGGGGAAGAACAUCCCUGCUCCGCCCCGUUCAGCUGGCUGGUCACCAGGCACCUCGACAGCAUCUGGGAGGAGUCUGAGUUCAUGCGAGCGACCAAAGAGGGCGGCUCCGAGAGGAUCCUCCAGUUUGUGAGCACAUUCAGCAGCAGCCUGCUCGGCGCUCACUUCCAGAAACUGUCCGAGGACGAGCAGGUGGAGUACGGCCGCCACUUCCUGCAAGACUUCCUGCUGCUUUCACAGAAGAUCAGGUCAAAGGACGAGCUCAAGGUGUUCUCCAGAGCUUUGCUGGGCUGCGUCUCCGAGCUCCAGACGUCCACGGGCGCCGCCGUCUCCCUGUCUCCUGCCUGGAUAAUGGCAGCUGCCAAACAUGUCGCCCCCAGACUGGACACCCUCAGCCACAUAUUCCAGCUCCAGCCCGAACUCCCCGCACACGUCUGUCAGCGGGCGGCGCAGAGCGACGCUCGGGAUAUGGUGGAGGAUGUUUUAGCUCUCGGUAUCUGUGUUGAACAGACCAAACUUCAGACUCUGACCUCUCUGGAUGAGUGUGAGUCGUUUGUGAGCAGGGUGGAGUUACUGCAGCCCUGUCUGGACAGAGCGUUCAGUCAGAAGUACAGCGCCCUCUGCAGCCCUGGCUGUCUGCAGCAUCUGGACUCCAUCAGGUCACUCUGGCGUGGGAUGCUGGUGGUCGCAUCUUUCAUCCAGCACGUGGUUUUGAAAGUUAAACAGGAGGAUCAGAAAUUAAAGGAUCUGGCUCUGCAACACUCUAACUUUCACCUGAACCUGAUGGAGGAGUGGCCUGAUGUCGGGAGCGAGGAGACGUUGCGGCAGCUGAUCCGAAUCCUCAACUCUUUCCAUAAAAAGUGUAUCAGCAGAGACCUGAGGUUUGACAUUAAGUGCUCCGUUUGCCUGUCGGAGUUCGAGGAUCCGUGCGUUCUCCCCUGCCAGCACGUCUUCUGCCGCCCAUGUCUCCGGCGCUGCCUUGAGCGCUCGCGCUCGUGCCCUAAAUGCAGGAACGACCUCCCCGCCGACUUCACCCCGACUGUGUCCAGCGCCGUCAAGGCAGCGCUCCAGCAGCAGGCGGCCGUCCGACGCUGCUGUAACUCCUUCUUCCUGGACGUGGUGUCCCGGUUCUGUCUCUCGGAGAACCACCGGCCCGGAGAGGGCGUGGUGGAGCUGCUCUUCUCUCUGCUCGUCUCCGCCAGCGGAGACGAGUACAGGACCAGAGACCUCACGCCCUUCCUGGAGUGUGUUGAUAACAGCCCGGUGGUCCGGUCGGUGCUGCCCAAGCUGCUGCUGCAGUACAGUUUUGACCAGGCCAAGGCUCACAUUCGGAUCUACCUGGAGAAUCUGCAGGAGAAUCUUCUGGACCAAGACGACCACACUGAACUCUACCUGCUGUUUGUCAACUGCUUCCAGGACUCUCUUUUGUGCUCGCAAGCGAAGGACGGUGAGAAGCAAAGAGAAGAGCAAACGCAAGAAGAAAUCCGGUUCCUGAGCAGAGUCGCCAGGAAACAGACUCCGGACAGACACGAGGACCCGUCAGAGUUCCUCCUCAACAUAGCCAGGCUGAGAAUCUGCCUGAGCUCUGCUGCCCAGCGGCUGGAGAAAGCCACGGCUCCAGGUGCAGGGUUGGCAUCAGAUCCGUACCUGCAGCAGGUGAAGGCCGUGUGUGAGUACAGCGGUAAUGACUGGUUCAGGGUUUAUCUGCUCAGAGCCCUGAACAGGUACUCGAGCACUGACUAUAUACUGACCCUGAUGAACAGUCCGGCCUGGAGGUGGGUCUUCCCGGCAGAGCUGCUUCGACUUCAGAGGAUGACUCCAGCUACCGUGGACCAGUUCCUCUGCUGUGGGGAACCUUACAGAACCAUGAGAAACGUAGUGUGCCAGGUUCUGCUGGAAAACAAAUCCGACACUUUUGUGACACUGCUAAAGGAUCUGACUGGUCCUCAGUACAACCUGGUGGCGUUGGCCUUGUUCAGACAAGUCACCUGUCGCUUCAGAUCCCAUGAACCCAACAUUCACCCGACGCCACAGGAGACGACAGCGCUCAAAGGUCUCCUCAGGAACAUCAGAGCUGCAGAGUUCAGGGAGUUCUGCACCUCACUUCUGUCCAAUCAGAUCGGCAGCGCGUCCUCAGGGUUACGCGUCGGCCCUGAUAUGUCGGCUCGGAGGCAAACCCUCCUGGAGCUGCUGGUCCAUCUGACCUCGGUGCUUCUCAGUGGAAACGCUCUCCUGGUUCCUCUUCAGCAGAUAGCCUUCCAGCCGCAAAACGUCACGAACUCCUUCCUGCCAACCAUGGCAGACGAUCACACAAACGAAGCCAGACAGUGGUUGAGCAAAGACCAGAGACUGCAGAUGUACACCUGCGCAAAGGGACACCCUUGCUUUGUGGGAGAGUGUGGAAGACCUGUUGUCACAUCAAGAUGCCCUGACUGUGGGAUUCAAAUUGGUGGAUUACAACAUAAUCCAGUCCAAGGCUUUACUCAACACACAGACAACAGCGAUCAGACUCGGACCGGACACAUUCUGGGAGACGCUCAUCGAAGGUCCGAAGCCCCCGAGAGACAGAUGACCUUGACUCAGUCGUGCAUCCUGCGACUGCUGACGCACCUCGCCAUGCUUCAGGGCGCCACAAGACACCAGAGAGGAGUUGGUGAAAUGAUCCACCCCAGGCCAAACGAUGUCUUCAGCUUCCUGUGGGCUCACCUUGAGAAGGACAUGACGGAGCUGGGGAAGACUUUGAGUCAGAACAUAGACAACACGGCGGUUACAGUCCAUCUGAUUCUGACCAGAUUCACCGCAGGUUCCCGCGGUGCAAGACACGACUUCUCCUCCAGACAAGAACGGCGGCAGUGGGAAAAGCUCGUCUGUGAUUCUUUCAUCAACCCCGUGGUCAAAAACCUGCAGAAGAAUCUGAGUGACGCUCAGGAGAGUAUCAGUGGUGAUGAUGGACUCAAUCCAGGUCCCCUCGUGACUCUGCUCUUCAAGGACCCUGGGGAGAUGUUGCACCUCCCCUCAGACUGCCCCACGAAUCACUCCUCAAUCUGGUCUCUGCCCGAAACCAUGACCGUGGAGCGUUUCACUCAGCUCGUGGGAGAACGUGACUGCGUACCUCUGCUCAACUUGUUCCUUAAGAAGAUACCAUGCGUGAGGCAUUUGCAUCAAUUACCUGAGCUGGCAGCUUUACAGUCAGACCUGCUGAGGGUGUUUCCCCUGAAGUCAGAUUCUACGGCUCCAACCAUAGCACAGAUGUUACAGCAGAUACCAGCAGGCUUCCAGAAGAAGAUGCUGGUGGAGAGAGUCCACAGGUUCUUCGACGUGUGGAACAGCCUCAGAAAAGAGGUGGAAAACAACUCAGCAGAUCUGGGCGUGGACGUGAACCUGUGCGACGUGGAGGUGACGGUCGAGAGCUCCGGGGAGUAUCUGACGCCGAGUCGUCGCGGACCGGGCUCCUGCCUCAUAACGCUCAUCGACUUCCUGUCGGAGGCUCACAACAGUUUGGUGAGGGAAGCCAGGAGAGUGAGCCGCCACGAGGACAGUGACUACAGCCUUCCCCUCGAGAGGAUCUCAGAGACCCAGCUGACUCUGUGCCACCCAGAGCGGGAGCUGCUGCCGCUGGUUUUAGCAAACUGCCACUACACUUUGAAGAAAGGCGGCGAGACGGACAGAAGCUACGACCUGACGGCCGUCCAGACCCAGCUGGUCCGUCGCUUCCUGGCUGGAAAACCACUCAUCCAGGCGGACACGUCGAGGUACCUGAACAGACACCUGCAGGACUUCUCUGUGGUUCUAGACGAGGUCCGAAAAAAGAUUCAUCAGGAGCCUCUGAAGGGUUCGGUGAGCGGAGCCAUGAAGACCGUCCUGCGUUCCUACACCGACGUGUGCGACGCCGUGUUCGUGGUGGAGAUCGGACUCCGGUUCCUGGGGAAGGCGGGCGGGGGGGGCCAGACCAAGCUCCUGUCCUUCCUCACCGACUCCCUGCACAUGGGCAGCCAGAUCUCAAACACCGUGGACAAGAGUCUCGGGGAGAGCAAACUGGAACACAGCAUAUACACCUGGCAGCUCCUGACUUGUUGGAAGUCUGAGCUUAUGCUGAACAGGAAGCAAGACCCGUUUCAGAAGCUGCCCCCGUCGUUCCAGGAGAAGCUGUCGGAGGAGCAGAGGAAAGAGCUGAAGGUUUUCCUCUCGCGAACAGAUGUGGACGCUUUCUGCUUGGAGCUGCACGAGAUUCUGCUGCUGAAGACGAACACGGCCGUGCCCGACGGGGAUUACCAGCCACACUGGGACAUCAGAUCCACCUUAGAGAACCACAUGGACAAGAAGAACCUUCCACCUCUGCUGGAGCUGGACUCUUUCCCGGAGGACAUCACCCUGGGACGAGGAGCUGACGUGUGGAGGGCGGCCGUGGAGUUCAAAAGAUAGAAAUAGAUUCCAGAUUAAUGAAGAGACUCUCCUCAAAUGUGCCUUUCUGAUGUGUAAAUAUUGCAAAUGAUGACGGUUUUUAGAUUAAAUCUCAUUUUGUUGCAAAGCGAGGCCGGACCAGGAAGAUGAGACGAUGAUGACCAAAUAGUAAUAGUUUUUUUUUUUGUUUUAGUGCUGAAGAACCAGUAAAAUAGAAAAAUAUUUACAUUUAAGAAACUUGAGACACUUAAUGAAAGAGAAUUUAAGAAUAAUAAGUGCAAUUAGGGGUCAUUGUUGUCUCCUGUUUAGUCCCUGGCCUCAGUGUGAAUGCUCUGUCCACUUUCUAAAACAGUGGACAAAUUAGGACAAAUAGAAGUUCUUUUUCUUUUAAAAAUUACAGUUUUCUGUGUAAGUUUCACAGUUUCAGUGUGAAAAUUACACUGGCUGGACGUAUGUUUGGGACUUGUGGACUAAAUCAUUAUCAUGUCCAAUCCGUUAAAGAGGGAAUAAUAAAUAAAUAAUAAAUAAAUGAA